AUGGAAUUUCAGGGCUCCGGCAACCUGGGAAGCGGCAGUAAGGACCUAGGGGGUCAAGAAGUGGCCGACAGUGGCCUGGGGGCGGCGGCGGUGGAGGAAGCGGCCUCAGCGACUCAGCGGGGCAGGAAAGGGGGCGCUAAUGACUGCGAGGGGCCCGGGGGCGACCGGCCACCGUCCACGAGCACUGGGAAGUGCCCAGCCCCAGCGGGCUGGGGACUGGCGGGCAAAGGCGCGCGGCCCGACCGCGGCCUGGCAGGGCGCGCAGAGGCCGCGGAGAGGCGCUCUCGGCCGGUGCCGCCCUCGGUGUCCCCGCGCCGCCCGCCUGCCGGAGUAGCCAGGCGGCCCGGGGCUCGGACUCGGGACCCAGAGCGGGGGCGCCGGCGACCCCUGCCCCUUCCAGGGCAGCCGGCGCGCGGCGAUGACGCAGGCCGGGCGCGCCGCGCGCCGAUGACGUCAGAGGCCAUGGCGGCGGCGGCGGCGCUGGAUGCCUGGCGGGUCGCGGCUCCGCGGAGGAAGCGCUCUGCGGCGCGCUGCCCGCGGCGGAGGGAGGCGGCGGCCCGGGGCCCGGAAGCGGAGCCCGAGGCGGACCGUGGGGUCGUGCUUCGUCGCAUCCGGGAGGCCGGGGAGGACCUGCUUAUCUCUGAUUUCUGGAGUUUAUCACUAGAAACCAUCAACAGAUGUCUUACGAAACAUCUGGAACAGCUGAAGGCCCCUGUGGAGACUCUUGAGGAAGCCCUGGGAAACCUGCAUCUUGACUCAUCGCCAGGUGAAUCAGAUGCAGCCACGGGCUUCAUCCCAGGAGAUAGCCUGGCCACAGGAAGCUGCCACUUGAAGUGUGUGUGUUACGGCAUUGGGAACUUUGCCAGCUGCGUCAUAGCUAGAAACCAGCUAACGUUUUUGCUCCUCUUCCUGGAAAAGUGCCAGAUCCCCAGAAGUCACUGCUGGGUGUAUGACCCUCUGUUUAGCCCACUCGAAAUUGCAGUUCUUAGCAGCCUGGGUGUGACUGUCCUCAGUGAGAAUGAGGAAGGAAAACGGAGUGUUUGUGGUGAGCCCACCAUCUUUUACAUGCUCCAUUGUGGGACAGCCCUAUACAACAAUCUCUUAUGGAGUAACUGGUCAGUAGAUGCCCUGUCCAAGAUGGUCAUCAUUGGGAACAGUUUCAAAGGACUUGAGGAGAGAUUGCUGACAAGUAUUCUGCAGAAAAAUUACCCCUACAUUGCAAAGAUUUUACAGGGACUGGAGGAGCUUGCGUUUCCUCAGACUUCACAGUACAUGGACGUGUUCAAUGAUACCGCCAUCCAGUGGUUCCCCGUACAGAAACUACAACAGCUCUCUAUGGAUACUUGGGCGUUUCGGGAAGAGCCCGAUUAUCAGGACUGUGAGGACCUUGAAAUCAUACGGAACAAGACGACGGAAGAGCCUUCAGCUACUGACUUGAACUCGCUGUAGUGCAUCCGGUGUUGGCUGAGCGGCAGCUGCCCCAGAGACUCCAGGGAAGGGCGCCACGGAGGGUCUGCAGAGAACUCCUCUGCAGCGGGCCAGAUGCAGAGACCAGGAAAUCCCUCAACUUGGCUCUCCCGUUGAGAGGAUGAUACGCUGCGGAAGGACUUGGUGUAAAGUUUUAUGCACUUUUAAAGUAGCAUUCUCAUCUUUUACAUCCUUCCUUGGUGACCUGGCCUGACAGGGAGUAUCUCCUAAAUAGAGAUGUUACACUUUGGAA